UUAGCUACGCUGAAGUGGACGCGUGUUGAGACAACGGGCUCGAAGCCAUGUGGACGCUACGGCCACUCGUUGAAUAUCAUUGGCACAAAAGUUUUUGUCUUUGGAGGGCAGCGGGAUGACAAGUUUUUCAAUGAUAUUUAUUCGUUCGACCUGAGCAAGGGACACGAGUCUGCGAGAUGGGAAAUCGUACGCCCCGCUCACAGAGUAUCGCCCGCUGCGCGCACCAAUCACUCGAUGGUCGUCUUUGGAGGCAAGCUCUAUCUAUUCGGUGGCACGGACGGUCGUGAGUGCUUCCAUGACGCCUGGUCAUUCGAUCCGGCCGAGAACGCAUGGACGAAGCUCAACUGCGUCGGGUACUUCCCUCGUCCCUGCGAGGGCCACGAGGCCGCAAUCGUGGGCGAUCUCAUGUACAUCUACGGAGGACGCUCUACUGAGGGCCGUGACCUGAACCUGCUCUCAAGCUUGAGACUGACGAGCGGAAGAUGGUACACGUUCCAAAACAUGGGGCCAGCUCCAAGUCCUCGCUCUGGACACUCGAUGUCUGUCGCAGGCACGCGUAUCUUGACGUUGGGUGGGCAGCCUGGAGAGGGCUCGGCCGAUGAUCUCACGCUUGCUUAUAUUCUAGAUACAAGCAAGAUAAGAUAUCCGCCUGAGCCGUCAUCUCAGCAGCAACAGUCGCAGUCACAGCAGCAGCAGCAGCAGCCACAGCAGCAGCAAAGAUCGCAGCCGACCUCGAGACCUAAGAACCAGCAGACAACUGCACCGAUGCAACAGCGCCCAUUUCUAGAGAACCACGCGCGCUCAGGCUCUCCACGCGAGCGUCAGCAGCCUAUGCAGCCGCCUAAUGAAUCUCGUCGCCAGCAAAAGCGAGCGGCGAUCCAGCAGCCGUAUGUGCGCCAAUCUCCC